AUGGAUUUUGGGUAUUGUUUUGUGAAUGGUGUCCCUGGCUCUUUUUAUGACAGGCUUUUUCCCACCAACCACUUGCAUUUUGUUCAUUCUUCGUAUAGCCUCCAGUGGCUAUCUAAGGUGCCAGCAGACAUAGAGGACAACAAGGAGAACAUUUACAUAGCAAGGACAAGCCCGUCUAAUCUGCUGCGUCUAUUAUUGGUUGUCUGCUGCUGUGGUUUACAGUGUGCAGUGUCUGGUUGUUGCUGGCUUGCUGCUGUUACUUUCUACUGUUGCUUUGCUGGUGCUUUCAAGUGCAGUCUGUUCUGUUUGGUGUGCAUAAGUAAUCUCUAUGACCGACAUAUCAGCAAGUCCAAUCAAGGCGCUCAGCUUAUGUUCCUGCUGAUGGUGAAGGAAAGUUGCGUUAUUAGCUGGUGGGGAUGUAUUGGCGAUACUUCUGUUUGCUGCAAUUGGAAGAUUUAGCCAUGAUUUCCUGUUUUCGAAGCUGAAACGUUGCGUAUUGGUCACCCAUUCAUCGCGGGAUGAUUUCUUAGUGCAUACUUCUUUGGAGGAUAUAGUGAGGAUGGUCAAGGGAUGAAUGGUUCGAAUAAGGCAGUAGCUGCUGCGGCUAAAUCUUGGGCCUUGGGUAUACCGGUAAG